AUGCCUCCAGUUCUUGGUUACACACCUACAUGGCUUUCAAAGCCAAAUCCAGGCCAUGAGAUAUUUACAGCGAAACCGACGGGCAUCCAAACAGCUUCUGGAGCUAGUUAUAAUCCGAAUGAGAAGAAAACGAAUAAACCAGGACCGAAGAGAACGAUUGCGCGUAGGGGGACUGAGAUAUUCGUUGCUGUUGGAAAGGAAAUUCGAUGGGCGGAUCUUGUUUACUUGAAGGAAACAUGGGAAAACAAACAAGAGAACCAAAGAAGCUUCUUGAAAGGUAAAUCACGAGCCGAAGAGGAAAUUGAGGCUGAAGAGAAUGUUGCUCGGGAGUAUAGAACACUCAAAAUUCCUAUGGCAGAUGAAAUUCGACAGUUGAUUAUCUCUCCCAAUUCGAAUUUCAUGGCGAUCUUGACAACUCAUACCGUACAUGUCGCAAUCUUACCUGAAACCUCGCAUCUUACAGCCCCCGACAAUGGUCCUAUGAAGAUUAAGACUUUUCACUUGGGUCCAACUACACAUGUCACAUCACGAUCUGGAAUAUCAACUGCGCUGUGGCAUCCAUUGGGCGUUAAUGGAACAUGUUUGGUCACAAUUACAAAAGAUGCCGUUGUUCGCGUAUGGGAAUUGUCUACAACCGAUCGUUGGUCUUUCGACAAACCAACUCUUGUGGUCGAUCUGAAAAAAUUGGCGGAUGGAGUUUCGGCUGAUCAAGAUUUUGGAGCUUCCGUGGCUGGUCAACCAAGCAAAUUUUCUCCGGAUGCUUUUGAGAUGGAGGUAGCAUCGGCUUGUUUUGCAGGUAGAGGAUCUGGAGGUUGGUCACCUAUGACUCUUUGGCUUGCAAUGAGGGAAGGAGAUGUAUAUGCUCUUUGUCCAUUAUUGCCCGAAAAAUGGGCGCCACCACCCACGCUGAUUCCUUCCCUUUCGAUAUCGAUUGUAUCCAAUAUCGCCGCUAUUGAAGAUGAUCCAACUGUAACUCAAGGUAGCAAACUCCUGGCGCAACAACAAUUAGAUUGGAUGACGGAUAUCGACAAUCAAGAUCCAAGCCAGGUUCAGGGAUCUUUGGGUGAGCCGCCAAUUGAGGUUUACACAAGACCUUCUAGACCUGGAAAAGUACCAAGAUUACAAGGUCCAUUCGAUUUUGAGAUGGCCCCCGAGGUUGAGGAUGACGAGGACGAUGAACUAUUCAGUGACAUUUAUGUCAUUGGACCAAAGCUGAAUGCCGAAGAGCUCAUGGAUGGAGAGGAGGACGAUGAGCUUGAGUUAGAUGAGAUCGACAAAGAGGGAUGUUCUAUGAGCGUGAUUUGUUUGCUUACAACUACUGGGCGUAUUUCAAUCUGCCUGGACUUGGUUGGAAUCGAAGCUCAAUGGUUACCGAGAUCGAAUUCAAGGAUGUUACGAUUUCUGGACGACCCGGACCCACCUGUCUUGCUGACUUAUGAAGUUUUGGAUACUUCCAAACCCAAUGAGGUUUGGGAAGGAUGUUGGCCAGUUUUUAGUCAUGAUGUCGAAUCAAGAUAUUCGUUCUUCAUUACCAACAAUUCGAACAUCACAUACAUGUCACUCUCUACAUGGGUAUUCAAGCUCGAGGAAGAAUUAUCCAAAGGCGCAGAGUCUAAUGUUCGACUUGGUGUAGUUGUUAGCACCCCAUCAGAAAGGCAGAGGGUCUAUACGCCACCCAUGAUUGACAAGAAUGCCCCUCUUGCUGCCAGCACAAUUAUUCAAGAUCCUGAUCUUGGCUAUUUCCUUCUUUCCGCAAAUGCUCAUGGCCCAUUAUCUAUCAACUUUGAAUCACCUGAAUUUCAAUUGGAUUUUAACCGUAGCCGUGGUCGCUCAGAAUCAUACGACUCCGAAACCGAUAAUGAUAAACCUCUCGUCUUAUUCGAAGCUCGGCCUGUGUACCAACCAUCUUAUGCUUUGGAACAACCAUCCGAAUUACCCUCUCUUCACGAAAAAAUAAAGCAUAGCAAAUACAAGCGUUUGUUGAAAGAGGAGAUCCGAUUAUCACCAGCUACACUUACGGUCAUGACCGACGCCCAUAAAGUUCUCAGUGAAGAAACCCAUCGCAUUGGUACCGCAGCCGCAGAACUGUUCAGAAAAUGUAUCAAACUUCAGAUUGAGCUUUCAAAACAUAUCAAACAAGCUAACGAAAUUGCAACACGUGUGGAAUCUGUCAUUGGCGAGGAUGUAGAUGAAGAUGAUGAUAAACCUCGAGUGCCACCAAAUGAAAAAAUGGAACGAAGAAUCAAGGAAGCAAAGGACAAACAGAAGAUUUUGAAUGAGAGAAUUGAAAAUAUUAGGAAGAAGAUUCCUAAAAAUACGCAGAGAGAACUGAGUGAUAAGGAGAAAGCGUGGAUAGAAGAGGUGAGGAGUCUUGGUGGAAAGGUACUGGGUGAAGAUAUGGACGGAUCAACGGAGAGUAUGGUGAAGGUCUCGAAGGAUCCUUGGCAGAGGUAUGAAGAGGUGAAGGAACUAAAGGAUGAGGUUUUGAGUCAGGCGAAUGAAUUGGUGAAGGAUGCGGAGAGGGAGAGAGAUGAGGAGCAACAAGAGGAGAGAGAUGGAGACUCAGCAAGGGAUGUACAGGUUCCGUCUGAAUUGAGGAGGAAGAAGGUGGGACAGAUAAUGAAGUUGUUGGAUCGCGAGACGGCUUUGGUGGAGGCUACGAAGGGAAGAUUGGAGAGAUUGAGUUUGGCUUGA